AUGGGGGGAACGCGCCGUCGGAUUCAGCUUGCUGCGAAUGCCGUGAAUAUCGCGAAUGUCGCAAAUGUCUCGUGGGAGCAGCCGAACCUCGGGAAGGCCACCGUCGAAUUCGACCGUCGAAGCUGCGCCAUUCGACGCGAUAUGCGUGGUGCCGUCGCUCUUACUACCACCGCGGCGUCAGCCACUGCCAGUGCCGUCAGCGGUGGUGCUGCUACUUCGAGUCGCGGUCGACGCGGCGCGUGCGGCGCGGUUCUCGCUGCUUCGCUCCUUCUGGCAGUCUUCUCGCGCUCUGCCGUGCCCGUGGAGUGCUGUGCGGUGGAGCCUCGUGCCCGUGAGUACUUUGCGGUGGAGCCCGGUGCUCGUGAGUGCUGUGCGGUGGAGCACCGAGCCAGGAAACAAGAGUGUUGUGUUCAUCUGUGCCUCACUUCCUGCUCUCCCUGCUCCCCUGCGCCUUCUCCCUCCUCCCUUUUUCCUCUUCCCUUGAUCCCCUGCUCCUGCUCCCUUGCUCCCCUGUUCCCUUGCUUCCCUCCUACUCCUUGCUCCCCUGCUUCUGCUCCUUGCUCCCCUGGUUCUGCUCCCUGCUCCCCUGUUCCCUUGCACCCCUGCUCCUUCUCCCUGCACCCCCGCUCCCAUCCACCACUCCCCAUUCUUCAUUCGCCUUCCUCCCACCGUCGCAGCAUCGCUAGGCGCUGGUACUCCCGACUUCACUGCCUGCCUGGGCUGGAACCCACUCCGGUGGGGUCAGGCAGCAGCGGUGCUGCCACCAAAGCUGCCAACCUGGACGGGCAACGACCCCUGUGGCACUGGCGGGGGGGCGGUGUGGCGGGGAGUGCUGUGCGCGCCUGCGCAAGAUUCUGCCAGCAACCUAACUGUCGUCACUUCGCUGUGAGUGGCGCUGUGAGUGGCGCUGUGAGUGGCGCUGUGAGUGGCGCUGUGAGUGGCGCUGUGAGUGGCGCUGUGAGUGGCGCUGUGAGUGGCGCUGUGAGUGGCGCUGUGAGUGGCGCUGUGAGUGGCGCUGUGAGUGGCGCUGUGAGUGGCGCUGUGAGUGGCGCUGUGAGUGGCGCUGUGAGUGGCGCUGUGAGUGGCGCUGUGAGUGGCGCUGUGAGUGGCGCUGUGAGUGGCGCUGUGAGUGGCGCUGUGAGUGGCGCUGUGAGUGGCGCUGUGAGUGGCGCUGUGAGUGGCGCCGUGAGUGGCGCUGUGAGUGGCGCUGUGAGUGGCGCUGUGAGUGGCGCUGUGAGUGGCGCUGUGAGUGGCGCUGUGAGUGGCGCUGUGAGUGGCGCUGUGAGUGGCGCUGUGAGUGGCGCUGUGAGUGGCGCUGUGAGUGGCGCUGUGAGUGGCGCUGUGAGUGGCGCUGUGAGUGGCGCUGUGAGUGGCGCUGUGAGUGGCGCUGUGAGUGGCGCUGUGAGUGGCGCUGUGAGUGGCGCUGUGAGUGGCGCUGUGAGUGGCGCUGUGAGUGGCGCUGUGAGUGGCGCUGUGAGUGGCGCUGUGAGUGGCGCUGUGAGUGGCGCUGUGAGUGGCGCUGUGAGUGGCGCUGUGAGUGGCGCUGUGAGUGGCGCUGUGAGUGGCGCUGUGAGUGGCGCUGUGAGUGGCGCUGUGAGUGGCGCUGUGAGUGGCGCUGUGAGUGGCGCUGUGAGUGGCGCUGUGAGUGGCGCUGUGAGUGGCGCUGUGAGUGGCGCUGUGAGUGGCGCUGUGAGUGGCGCUGUGAGUGGCGCUGUGAGUGGCGCUGUGAGUGGCGCUGUGAGUGGCGCUGUGAGUGGCGCUGUGAGUGGCGCUGUGAGUGGCGCUGUGAGUGGCGCUGUGAGUGGCGCUGUGAGUGGCGCUGUGAGUGGCGCUGUGAGUGGCGCUGUGAGUGGCGCUGUGAGUGGCGCUGUGAGUGGCGCUGUGAGUGGCGCUGUGAGUGGCGCUGUGAGUGGCGCUGUGAGUGGCGCUGUGAGUGGCGCUGUGAGUGGCGCUGUGAGUGGCGCUGUGAGUGGCGCUGUGAGUGGCGCUGUGAGUGGCGCUGUGAGUGGCGCUGUGAGUGGCGCUGUGAGUGGCGCUGUGAGUGGCGCUGUGAGUGGCGCUGUGCGUGUGGUGGCGCUUGGCGCUGUGAGUGGCGCUGUGAGUGGCGCUGUGAGUGGCGCUGUGAGUGGCGCUGUGAGUGGCGCUGUGAGUGGCGCUGUGAGUGGCGCUGUGAGUGGCGCUGUGAGUGGCGCUGUGAGUGGCGCUGUGAGUGGCGCUGUGAGUGGCGCUGUGAGUGGCGCUGUGAGUGGCGCUGUGAGUGGCGCUGUGAGUGGCGCUGUGAGUGGCGCUGUGAGUGGCGCUGUGAGUGGCGCUGUGAGUGGCGCUGUGCGUGGCGCUGUGAGUGGCGCUGUGAGUGGCGCUGUGAGUGGCGCUGUGAGUGGCGCUGUGAGUGGCGCUGUGAGUGGCGCUGUGAGUGGCGCUGUGAGUGGCGCUGUGAGUGGCGCUGUGAGUGGCGCUGUGAGUGGCGCUGUGAGUGGCGCUGUGAGUGGCGCUGUGCGUGGCGCUGUGAGUGGCGCUGUGAGUGGCGCUGUGAGUGGCGCUGUGAGUGGCGCUGUGCGUGGCGCUGUGAGUGGCGCUGUGAGUGGCGCUGUGCGUGGCGCUGUGAGUGGCGCUGUGAGUGGCGCUGUGAGUGGCGCUGUGAGUGGCGCUGUGAGUGGCGCUGUGAGUGGCGCUGUGAGUGGCGCUGUGAGUGGCGCUGUGAGUGGCGCUGUGAGUGGCGCUGUGAGUGGCGCUGUGCGUGGCGCUGUGAGUGGCGCUGUGAGUGGCGCUGUGAGUGGCGCUGUGAGUGGCGCUGUGAGUGGCGCUGUGAGUGGCGCUGUGAGUGGCGCUGUGAGUGGCGCUGUGAGUGGCGCUGUGAGUGGCGCUGUGAGUGGCGCUGUGAGUGGCGCUGUGAGUGGCGCUGUGAGUGGCGCUGUGAGUGGCGCCGUGUGUGGCGCUGUGAGUGGCGCUGUGAGUGGCGCUGUGAGUGGCGCUGUGAGUGGCGCUGUGAGUGGCGCUGUGAGUGGCGCUGUGAGUGGCGCUGUGAGUGGCGCUGUGAGUGGCGCUGUGAGUGGCGCUGUGAGUGGCGCUUGUGAGUGGCGCUGUGAGUGGCGCUGUGAGUGGCGCUGUGAGUGGCGCUGUGAGUGGCGCUGUGAGUGGCGCUGUGAGUGGCGCUGUGAGUGGCGCUGUGAGUGGCGCUGUGAGUGGCGCUGUGAGUGGCGCUGUGAGUGGCGCUGUGAGUGGCGCUUGGCGCUGUUGAGUGGCGCUGUGAGUGGCGCUGUGAGUGGCGCUGUGAGUGGCGCUGUGAGUGGCGCUGUGAGUGGCGCUGUGAGUGGCGCUGUGAGUGGCGCUGUGAGUGGCGCUGUGAGUGGCGCUGUGAGUGGCGCUGUGAGUGGCGCUGUGAGUGGCGCUGUGAGUGGCGCUGUGAGUGGCGCUGUGAGUGGCGCUGUGAGUGGCGCUGUGAGUGGCGCUGUGAGUGGCGCUGUGAGUGGCGCUGUGAGUGGCGCUGUGAGUGGCGCUGUGAGUGGCGCUGUGAGUGGCGCUGUGAGUGGCGCUGUGAGUGGCGCUGUGAGUGGCGCUGUGAGUGGCGCUGUGAGUGGCGCUGUGAGUGGCGCUGUGAGUGGCGCUGUGAGUGGCGCUGUGAGUGGCGCUGUGAGUGGCGCUGUGCGUGGCGCUGUGAGUGGCGCUGUGAGUGGCGCUGUGCGUGGCGCUGUGAGUGGCGCUGUGAGUGGCGCUGUGAGUGGCGCUGUGAGUGGCGCUGUGAGUGGCGCUGUGAGUGGCGCUGUGAGUGGCGCUGUGAGUGGCGCUGUGAGUGGCGCUGUGAGUGGCGCUGUGAGUGGCGCUGUGCGUGGCGCUGUGAGUGGCGCUGUGAGUGGCGCUGUGAGUGGCGCUGUGAGUGGCGCUGUGCGUGGCGCUGUGAGUGGCGCUGUGAGUGGCGCUGUGAGUGGCGCUGUGAGUGGCGCUGUGAGUGGCGCUGUGAGUGGCGCUGUGAGUGGCGCUGUGAGUGGCGCUGUGAGUGGCGCUGUGAGUGGCGCUUGCGCUGUGAGUGGCGCUGUGAGUGGCGCUGUGAGUGGCGCUGUGAGUGGCGCUGUGAGUGGCGCUGUGAGUGGCGCUGUGAGUGGCGCUGUGAGUGGCGCUGUGAGUGGCGCUGUGAGUGGCGCUGUGAAGUGGCGCUGUGAGUGGCGCUGUGAGUGGCGCUGUGAGUGGCGCUGUGAGUGGCGCUGUGAGUGGCGCUGUGAGUGGCGCUGUGAGUGGCGCUGUGAGUGGCGCUGUGAGUGGCGCUGUGAGUGGCGCUGUGAGUGGCGCUUGGGCGCUGUGAGUGGCGCUGUGAGUGGCGCUGUGAGUGGCGCUGUGAGUGGCGCUGUGAGUGGCGCUGUGAGUGGCGCUGUGAGUGGCGCUGUGAGUGGCGCUGUGAGUGGCGCUGUGAGUGGCGCUGUGAGUGGCGCUGUGAGUGGCGCUGUGAGUGGCGCUGUGAGUGGCGCUGUGAGUGGCGCUGUGAGUGGCGCUGUGAGUGGCGCUGUGAGUGGCGCUGUGAGUGGCGCUGUGAGUGGCGCUGUGAGUGGCGCUGUGAGUGGCGCUGUGAGUGGCGCUGUGAGUGGCGCUGUGAGUGGCGCUGUGAGUGGCGCUGUGAGUGGCGCUGUGAGUGGCGCUGUGAGUGGCGCUGUGAGUGGCGCUGUGAGUGGCGCUGUGAGUGGCGCUGUGAGUGGCGCUGUGAGUGGCGCUGUGAGUGGCGCUGUGAGUGGCGCUGUGAGUGGCGCUGUGAGUGGCGCUGUGAGUGGCGCUGUGAGUGGCGCUGUGCGUGGCGCUGUGAGUGGCGCUGUGAGUGGCGCUGUGAGUGGCGCUGUGAGUGGCGCUGUGCGUGGCGCUGUGAGUGGCGCUGUGAGUGGCGCUGUGCGUGGCGCUGUGAGUGGCGCUGUGAGUGGCGCUGUGAGUGGCGCUGUGAGUGGCGCUGUGAGUGGCGCUGUGAGUGGCGCUGUGAGUGGCGCUGUGAGUGGCGCUGUGAGUGGCGCUGUGAGUGGCGCUGUGAGUGGCGCUGUGAGUGGCGCUGUGAGUGGCGCUGUGAGUGGCGCUGUGAGUGGCGCUGUGAGUGGCGCUGUGAGUGGCGCUGUGAGUGGCGCUGUGAGUGGCGCUGUGAGUGGCGCUGUGAGUGGCGCUGUGAGUGGCGCUGUGAGUGGCGCUGUGAGUGGCGCUGUGAGUGGCGCUGUGAGUGGCGCUGUGAGUGGCGCUGUGAGUGGCGCUGUGAGUGGCGCUGUGAGUGGCGCUGUGAGUGGCGCUGUGAGUGGCGCUGUGAGUGGCGCUGUGAGUGGCGCUGUGAGUGGCGCUGUGAGUGGCGCUGUGAGUGGCGCUGUGAGUGGCGCUGUGAGUGGCGCUGUGAGUGGCGCUGUGAGUGGCGCUGUGAGUGGCGCUGUGAGUGGCGCUGUGAGUGGCGCUGUGAGUGGCGCUGUGAGUGGCGCUGUGAGUGGCGCUGUGAGUGGCGCUGUGAGUGGCGCUGUGAGUGGCGCUGUGAGUGGCGCUGUGAGUGGCGCUGUGAGUGGCGCUGUGAGUGGCGCUGUGAGUGGCGCUGUGAGUGGCGCUGUGAGUGGCGCUGUGAGUGGCGCUGUGAGUGGCGCUGUGAGUGGCGCUGUGAGUGGCGCUGUGAGUGGCGCUGUGAGUGGCGCUGUGAGUGGCGCUGUGAGUGGCGCUGUGAGUGGCGCUGUGAGUGGCGCUGUGAGUGGCGCUGUGAGUGGCGCUGUGAGUGGCGCUGUGAGUGGCGCUGUGAGUGGCGCUGUGAGUGGCGCUGUGAGUGGCGCUGUGAGUGGCGCUGUGAGUGGCGCUGUGAGUGGCGCUGUGAGUGGCGCUGUGAGUGGCGCUGUGAGUGGCGCUGUGAGUGGCGCUGUGAGUGGCGCUGUGAGUGGCGCUGUGCGUGGCGCUGUGAGUGGCGCUGUGAGUGGCGCUGUGAGUGGCGCUGUGAGUGGCGCUGUGAGUGGCGCUGUGAGUGGCGCUGUGAGUGGCGCUGUGAGUGGCGCUGUGAGUGGCGCUGUGAGUGGCGCUGUGAGUGGCGCUGUGAGUGGCGCUGUGAGUGGCGCUGUGAGUGGCGCUGUGAGUGGCGCUGUGAGUGGCGCUGUGAGUGGCGCUGUGAGUGGCGCUGUGAGUGGCGCUGUGAGUGGCGCUGUGAGUGGCGCUGUGAGUGGCGCUGUGAGUGGCGCUGUGAGUGGCGCUGUGAGUGGCGCUGUGAGUGGCGCUGUGAGUGGCGCUGUGAGUGGCGCUGUGAGUGGCGCUGUGAGUGGCGCUGUGAGUGGCGCUGUGAGUGGCGCUGUGAGUGGCGCUGUGAGUGGCGCUGUGAGUGGCGCUGUGAGUGGCGCUGUGAGUGGCGCUGUGAGUGGCGCCGUGUGUGGCGCUGUGCUGUGA